CUCACGUAUUUCAAACUUUGUUUUACCCCUAAAUGAAGAGCGAAAAUCUUUGUUUUGAGUAUAUCGGGGCCUUUACAGGCAAGUCUUCUUUCAGUAGAUUAGUGGGUAAUAUUAAACAUACAUGUUGCUAUUGUAAAGUAUUGAUGUAUGUUGUUUUGUGCCAUUAAAAUUGUUCUUUCUUUUUUAGACCUGAUGUUGCUGAAAGAGAAAAGUGAAGAACUAAAUGAAAUAAAGGACAAAGAUCAGUAUAAGAAACAUGAUUUCACGGGAGACAAUUUCUUUAGUUACUCACAAACUAAACAGACUUCAAAAAAGAGAGCUCAAAAGACAGGAGCUAGGAGUCAUUUCAUCUGCCAACAGUUUGGAAAGAGUUUCACUAAAAAAGGAAGCCUUGAAAUCCAUUUAAGAAUUCACACUGGAGAGAAGCCUUACACCUGCCAACAAUGUGGAAAACGUUUCAAUAAAAAAGGAACCUUUAAUAGACACUAUAGAAUUCACACUGGAGAGAAACCUUACACCUGUCAACAAUGUGGAAAAAGCUUCACUCAAAAAGGAGCACUUAACAGGCACAUUCAAAUUCACAAAAGAGAAAAGGCAUACACCUGCAAACUGUGUGAAAAUAGUUUCAUUCGAAAAGAAAGCUUAGAAAUCAACAUGAGAAUUCACACUGGAGAGAAACCUUACACCUGCCAACAGUGUGGAAAGAGUUUCGGUCAACAAGGAAACCUCAAAAUCCACAUGAAUGUUCACACUGGAGAGAGACUUUUCAACUGCCAACAAUGUGAAAAAAGUUUCAUUAAAAAGGGAAACCUUGAAGUCCACAUGAGAAUUCACAGUGGAGAAAAGCUGUUUGUGUGUCCUAAGUGUGGAAAGAGUUUCUCUCAGCAAGGAAACCUCAAAGUCCACAUGAGAAUUCACACUGGAAAGAAGCCUUUCAUCUGCCAACUGUGUGGAAAGAGUUUCUGUCAACAAGGAAACCUCAAAACCCACAUGAAUCGAUUUAAAUUGAAGGAGUUGGAUCUACAGUUAAAGAAACAGGAUUAUGAUGCACAGCUUCUUGGAACUUUGGAGUUGCAGGUUGAUGUGAAUGUUCCAGUUUCAGCUGUGCCAGAGCAAACUCCGUCACGUGCUACUUCAUCUGUUGGCUUCACAAAGUUGGGAGUACGAUCUCCGCUUCCUGUUGAAGGAUCUCCGCUUCCUGUUGAAGGAGUGGAUCUGAUCUUGGGUAACAAUAUUGCUGGUGGUAUAGUGUUUCCUCAGCCUAUUGUAGUGUACACUCCAGAUGUGACCGAGUUGCGCGAACAGAUUGAUGUUGCCAGUGUGGAGGAGCGGAGGACGAAAUUCCUCAAAUUAACCACCCUCCGUCAAGAGGGGAAUGAGGUGGGUGGUGUGGCACAAGUGUUCUGGACCCUGGCGGGUGAAAUGGGAUAUAAUGAUGCGGCCUUGAAAGACCUUUUCAACACCGGUCUGGAUAACCCUGUGCCAGAAAGGGAAAUGGACCAGCUGGAUGCCUUUGAUUUUUGA